AUGGAUCCCCACUCCUCCGCCGCGCGCCGCACCGCCGUUCUCGCCGGCCACCUCCUCCGUGGCUCCGCCCCCGCCGACGGCCUCUCCUCCGCCUUGAUCGAGCCCGCCGCCUGCCUCCACUACUCCCCUCCCGAGCUCUCCGAGCAGCCCCCGUCCUUCGACACUGCAUCGCUGCGUCGCGUCCUCGAUGGCCACGACACCGAGGGGCGGGACUGGCUGUUCCGGCUAAUGGAGGAGAGCUCGCUCUUCUGCCCCCGCCGCCGCGGCAACAGGACCUUCGUCGCGCCGGACUACAACCAGACCAUGGAGCAGCAGCGGGCGGUCACGAUGCGGCGGAUUGAGUACCUGCUCGCUAACGGCGUGUUCGAGGGCUGGCUCACGGGGAGCGGCCCGGAGGCGUUGAUGAGGAAGUUCGCCUUCUUCGAGUGCAUUGGAAUAUUCGAUCACUCCCUCGCGAUCAAAUUAGGUGUUCAUUUCUUUCUCUGGGGGGGGGCAGUCCAAAUUUUUGGCACAAAGCAUCAUCAUGACAAAUGGCUGAAGGCUGCUGAGAAUUAUCAGGUUCAGGGCUGUUUUGUGAUGACCGAGUUGGGGCAUGGAAGUAAUGUCAGAGGACUUGAGACUAUCGCGACUUAUGAUGCAAACGCAGGAGAGUUUGUGAUAAACACUCCCUGUGAAUCAGCACAGAAGUAUUGGAUAGGAGGAGCUGCUAAUGAUGCAACACAUGCAGUAAUCUUCUCUCAGCUCCUUAUAAAUGGGACCAACCAAGGGGUGCAUGUAUUUAUAGCACAAAUCAGAGAUGCAGAAGGAAAUGUUUGUCCCAAUGUUCGCGUCGCUGAUUGUGGUCAUAAAAUUGGCUUGAAUGGUGUUGAUAAUGGCCGGAUCUGGUUUGAUAAUUUCAGAGUCCCUCGGGAGAACUUGCUAAACUCAGUUGCUGAUGUAUUGCCUGAUGGGCGAUAUGUGAGCCCAAUAAAAGACCCAGAUCAGAGGUUCGCAGCUCUUCUUGCGCCGCUAUCAUCUGGGCGUGUGAAUAUUGCAGCACUUGCUGUUUGUAUAUCAAAGGUGGGUUUAUCAAUUGCUGUGAGAUAUGCUUUGACAAGGCGGGCUUUUUCCAUAUCAGCUAGUGUUCCUGAAGUUCUGUUGCUGGAUUAUCCUUCUCAUCAACGGCGCCUCUUACCGCUGAUUGCAAAGACUUGCGCUAUGAGUUCCACGACCAACUUUUUGAAAAGAUUAUUCACUAAGAGGACUCGAGAAAGCAAUAAGAGUAUUCACAUAUACUGCAGUGCUUUCAAAGCUACACUCUCAUGGCAUACCAUGAGAGUACUUCAGGAGUGUCGUGAAGCCUGCGGUGGCCAAGGCUUGAAAACAGAGAACCGUGUUGGUAUCUUAAAAGGUGAAUAUGAUGUUCAGUCUACCUUUGAGGGAGAUAACAACGUAUUGAUGCAACAGGUGAGCAAAGCACUUCUUGCAGAAUAUAUAGCAGCACAUAAGAGGAAGAGUCCAUUCAAAGGCUUGGGAUUGGAACACAUGAAUGAUCCUUGCCCGAUCAUUCCAUCUAAUCUAAAUAGCUGUACCCUUAGAAGCAGCAAGUUCCAGCUCGACCUGUUCUGCUUGAGGGAAAGAGAUUUGUUUGGUCGAUAUGCUAAUGAAGUGUCUCAAUAUCAAGCUCAGGGAGAAACCAAAGAAAAAGCAGUUCUCCUGAGCUAUCAACUCGCCGGCGAUUUGGCAAGGGCCUUCGCUGAACGCUCAAUAUUGCAAAUUUUCAUUGAUGAUGAGAUGGCCCAGCCUGCUGGACCACUAAAGGAUAUAUUAGGGUUGUUGAGAUCGAUGUAUGCCUUGAUCUGUACGGAAGAAGAUGCAUCUUUUCUUCGUUAUGGGUACUUAUCGCUUGACAAUGCUGCUGUUGCAAGGAAAGAAGUCAUGAAGCUGUGUUAUGAGUUGAGGCCGCAUGCACUUUCUGUGGUUAGCUCCUUCGGGAUCCCUGACGCCUUCCUGAGCCCCAUUGCUUUCGACUGGAUUCAAGCCAAUUCUUGGUCUUCCCUCAACGAGGAAUAAGAUUGCAGUCAUCCUCUUGUAGCAUAAACUGGCAAUAAUCUAGGGAUGA